GAUCACACCCCUGCUUUGAUUCCCGCUCGGCAUAUAAACACCGAUCAGCAGCGGAUUGUUUUCUCCUUUUCUUCUCUGUUGAAUGCUUUCCGAUGAUUCGUCGCUCCGUCUUUGCAGACAAACUAGAACUUUCAGAUUCAGUUCGCUUGAUUUUUUGAGGAUUAGUAAGAUUUAGAUCCAAGAGAUGCAAAUGGAGUUGAGUUUUCCUUGUUUUAGAUUGGUGCAACUGCUAUAUACACCACGGUUAACUUAUAAUUAUUAAGGUCAGCCUGUGAAUAGUUAUCUGAGUCUUAGUUUCCAACCAUCAGAGCCUCAAAUGGUUCCUUCACGGGCGGAUGGAGGAAUGGCACAAUCAUCUUCGAGUUCAGGAAUAUUUUUCCAAGGAGAUGGGCAGGGCCAGGUUGCAGGAAAUUCCAAUUUCAGUUCGAACUUUGGGAACUUAGCGAAUUCAUUAGCUGGACAUGCACGAGGUAACAUGGGGCCUAUUUCAGGGGAUGUCAGCAACACAAUCUUGAACAGUGUGGCUAGCUCUGGACCCAGUGUUGGGGCAAGUUCUUUGGUAACCGAUGCUAAUUCAGGGCUUUCUGGUGGCCCUCAUCUUCAAAGAAGUGCUAGUAUUAACACCGAGUCUUAUAUGCGCUUGCCUGCAUCGCCGAUGUCGUUUUCGUCCAAUAACAUUAGCAUCUCUGGGUCCUCUGUCAUGGAUGGAUCUUCUGUUGUGCAACAGAACUCCAGCCAAGAUCCUAGUUCUCAACAAGCCCAGCAAAGUCAGCAGUACCGUGGAGGUUCUAGUGCCACUUCUUUGCCACGCAUGGGGCAAGUUCAGCUCCCUGGUGGUCCACGGGUUCCGAACUCUUGCAUUCAGGACCCAACUACUUUAUCUCAGCUUCAAAAGAAACCCCGUUUGGAUAUAAAGCAGGAAGAUAUAGUACAGCAACAAGUUUUGCAACAGCUAUUGCAUAGACAAGAUCCUGUGCACUUACAUAACCAGAACCCUCAAUUGCAAGCGCUGAUGCAGCAACAGCGGCUAAGACAGCAAGAGCAGCAGCUUCUACAGGCUAUGCCCUCAAUGCAGCGAGUUCAGCUAAUGCAUCAGCAGAAGCAGCAGUUACAGUUAAGACAACAGCUGCAGUUGCAGGGAAUCCCUCCUGCAUCUGCUGUAAAGCGACCUUAUGAUGGUGGCGUUUGCUCCCGAAGAUUAAUGCAAUACUUAUAUCAUCAGAGACAACGACCCACUGAAAAUGCCAUUGCUUAUUGGAGAAAAUUUGUCUCUGAAUAUUACUCUCCACGUUCGAAGAAGAGGUGGUGUCUAUCCCCAUAUGAUAAUGUUGGAUAUCAGUCAGUAGGGGUGUUCCCACAGUCAGCCAUGGAUGCUUGGCAAUGUGACAUUUGUGGUUCAAAGUCUGGACGAGGAUUUGAGGCAACUUUUGAAGUGCUUCCUAGACUGAAUGAAAUCAAAUUUAGUAGUGGGGUCAUCGAUGAGCUUCUAUUUCUUGAUUUGCCUCGUGAAUGUAGAUUCCCUUCGGGGAUGAUGAUGCUAGAGUAUGCCAAAGCUGUUCAAGAGAGCAUAUACGAACAGCUCCGUGUAGUUCGUGAGGGCCAGCUUAGAAUCCUUUUCACACCUGAUUUAAAGAUCCUGUCUUGGGAAUUUUGUGCUAGGCGCCAUGAAGAGCUUCUACCUCGUAGAUUGGUUGCACCACAGGUAAAUCAAUUGCUACAGGUUGCACAGAAAUGUCAAAGUACAGUAUCUGAAAAUGGGACUGAUGGUGUCUCUCAACAAGAUUUACAGGCAAACAGUGCACUUGUAGUAACUGCUGGGCGUCAACUUGCAAGGUGUUUGGAGCUACCGUCCCUAAAUGAUCUUGGGUUUACAAAAAGAUACGUGCGAUGCCUACAGGCAUCUGAUAUAGUUACUAGCAUGAAAGAUUUGAUGGAUUUCUGCAGGGAGACCAAAAAUGGUCCUGUUGAGGGCUUGAAAAACUUUCCUCGAUGCACCACUGCAUCCAAGGUCCAGACCCAAAGAAUGCAAGAGAUGGAUCAGAUCGAGGGGCUUCAGGGCCUGCCAACCGACCGAAACACACUCAACAAGCUAAUGGCAUUACAGCAUUCUGCGCUCAAUGCCCAAGUUAACAACAGCCAACAUCCUGCAGGUGCUCGAGGAGCUUUGAGUGGCUCCGCACAGGCUGCUCUUGCCCUGACCAACUUCCAAAAUCUGCUGAUGAGACAGAACUCGAUGAACUCGGCUCAACAAGAGGCUUCUUCUCCUUUCAACAAUUCCAGCCAGGCUUUAUCCAUAACCACACCCGGAUCUUCAGCAAUCGGUGGCUUUUCAACCCCUCAGACACCACAGCAUCAGCAACAACAGCAGCAACAGCAACAGCAACUUCAGCUGCAUUCACAGAGCAUGAGCGGGUUAUUACAGCAAAGCCUGUCGGGACCCUCCCAAGGAAGCCAAACAUUACAGCAGCAGAUGAUCCAGCAAUUGCUGCAGGAUAUGAGCAAAAAGAAUAACGGGCCUCCGAUUCCGCAGCAUCCCGGCGGGAAGAUAUCUUCAGCGGGUCCCGGAUUCAGGAGUUCUUCAGCAAGUACGUCGGCCGUCAGCCAUGGUCGACCCCCCAGCCGAAGCAACAGCUUUAAGGCUUCGUCAUCGAACAGUGAAUCUCCAGCCCCUGUCAGUCAUGCAGGAUACGGGCAAAAGGAAUCCGAUCUGGCGGCACACAGCCUUCAUUUGAUGGAUGAUAUGGUUCCGGACAUUGCCCAGGAGUACGCGGAGAAUGGGUUCUUUAGCAGCGAGCUCGACGACCACAUGAACUUCAGCUGGAAGGGAUGAUAUGGACGGACAACUAACAUAGACUGAUCUCUACUUGUGUUGUGGCUGCUGUAGUACUUGUAAGGGAGUGGAGCCUGAAGAUGUGUUAAUUUGCUUCUCUAUGUAUAGGUAAUUAAGCUGUCUCGAUUACCUUAAUUUGUGUGUUGUCUUCUUGUCUGUUUGAUUACCACCCCAGUUAUUAAUUAUCGAUGUUCCCUGCGUGAUCGCUUGUGUGUAGGAACGACAUUUGGUUCUUUUUAUCUUAAUUUUUAGUUUUAAUCUUCCAAGUGUAAUCAAUCUAUUCGACAUGGAAUUCAUAAUCAAUUUGGAUUUUGUCCCUAA